AUGGCGCUGCCGUCGUCCUGGUCGGACAUCCCACUGGAGUCCUCCGCCACCUGCCCUCGCACGUGGACCGCGUCCGGUUCGCCGCCGUGCCCACAGUGGCGCGCCGCCGCCCGGGAGGUCCCUCUUCCCUCGCCGCUGCCGCUGCUCGCGCUCCCCGACGGCAUCGUGCACAGCCUAUGCAGGGACCUGUGGCAACUGGCUGGCCUUCUCAACCGAGGACGGCUGCUUCCUGAGGGAUCCGUUCUCCAACGCCACCGUGACACUUCCUCAGGUGUUCCGCGUCCGAGCCCCAUGUCGCCUCAGUGA